CAGACUGCUGGGCUACUUCAGCCUAUUGAUGAGACACUGGUUAAAAAAAUUCAUGAGCUUGUUGGAAGUGGUGUUAAUUGUGUUUCUGAAAUGCAACAGCACCUGCAUCAUUGUGUAAAGAAGGAACUUUUCACAGGCCAACAGCCUCCAGAUCUAACCAACAGACAGUUCUUCCCAACAACCAUGGAUGUCAGGAACCACAUGUAUCGUGCCACAGUGGUGUGCAGACAUUCACAAAUUGAUCAAGAAAACCUUGACUUAAAAAUCAAGAAGUGGAAAGAAGAAAGCCCAGAUGAUAAUUUCUUUUUCAGGCCUUACUGCCUUACAAGUGAUAGUGAGUCCUAUCAACAACCACAGUCACUGAAGGAAGAAGACAGCACUGAUGUAAUUAAAAUAAGUAUAGGUGAUCCAUCCAACAACCUCCUCCUUGUUCCCCAGACGAAGUGGCAAAGAGAGCUGCUUUUUAAGUAUGGCGGUGAAAUUUUCCUACUGGAUGCAACAUACAAAACUUCAUGCUAUGCCCUCCCCACAUUCUUUCUGUGUGUGAAAACCAAUGUAGAUUACUGUGUUGUUGCUUCUUUUGUGGUUCUGCUGGAAAAUGCAGAUGCCAUUAAUGAAGCUCUACAGCUCAUUAAGGACGGGAACCCAACAUGGAACCCUGAUUUCUUUAUGGUGGACUUCAGUGAGGCUGAGAUCAAUGCCAUUGAAAGGCUGUUUCCAAGUAAGUAUGUAAACAUAUACUGGUAAAUAUUGAUAAUAACCAUUUUAUAACCAUUUUCUUUAUUUCAAGUGGGAAAUAUAGAGAGGCAAUACUUAUUAGGAAUAAGUUUUUUUCCCCCCCCCCCAAAAAAAGAAAAAAAAUUAUUUAAAUAAAUUAUUUAAAUAAAUAAAUUAUUGCCAAUUACCAGUAAUUCUUCAGACAUUCCAAAAUCAUUACUUAAAUUUCAUGAAAAUAUCAACAGUGUUCAUACUUGUCCUGGAAAACCUGGAAAGUCCCAGAAUUUUAUUUUGGCAUUUGCACAACUGGAAAGUCCUGGAAAAAGACCUCUGGUCCUAGAAAGUUUUGGAAAUCUUUUAGGAUCAAUUAAAAAAUAAGAAAUGUGUAGAUGAUGGUAAGGAUAAUUAACAUUGAGAUCUUGGAAGCAAAAGGGUCAAUGUGUAUUUUCGAUUCCUGGAAAAAAUCAAUGUUACUAUUACAACAAUAAUGAUAGUAAUAAAUUACUAGUAUUGUUACUAUUAUUAGCAUUAUAAGUAUUAUUUUUAGUAGUAGUAGUAGUAAUAGUAUUAUUAUUUCACUCUAUGGCUCACAGGUCAUGCUAGGCACCCUUUGUUGGUAGUUUAAUUUUUAGCAUACAAUAGGCCUUGUGUUAGCUGAAGUGGUUGGCAGCAUGUAUUCUCUUAUCAGAGAGAUUUUACAACUCAGUUUUAUAACUGUUCCAGGCUGUCUUGUGUAUAUUGCAUUAACAAAGACAAGAAAGACAACCUCCUGAACAGUUUGCGAAACCUUGCAAGAACUUCCACAGAAGGGGACUUCAAUUUAGCACUUAGAGAUCUUCAAGACAGUGAACUGUGGAGGACCAAUACAAGACUCCAAAAGUGGAUGAACACAACAUGGCUUCCCGAAAGACAGGCAAGUGUAUCCCUUGCAUACAUUAUAAUAAUUGUGGAAUUAUCCCUUAUAAAUUAUCCAGCAACAAUUCAAGAUUUUUGGCUUAAAAAUUACACACAUCUUAUUGAGUUCACUUAAAAUCCUUGUCCCUCUGACUUUAAACAUCAAACAGGCCAUCUCCUUGGAUGAUGUCAUUUUGGGCCAUUAAUCAUUCAGCAUGAGUCUGAGAUGGGUCCAAGAUGCUCUUACAAGGAGAUCCACAAGAUGAAAAUCAGAUUACAUGCAGUUUAUAUUCAUGAAGUUUACUUGGACACUUUGUUUCUAUUGGCAGCGCUGGGUUUGGGCAUACAGGAAGGACCGCUUCAAUGUGAAAGUGAACACUACCAAUGGUGUGGAAAGAAAGAAUAGGACAUAUAAGCACCAAUUUCUUGCAGACAAUAGAGACAAGACCUUAAGUGGUGUCAUCACAGUUUUAGUGACACAAUUUCUGCCAAAUGAGUACAGAAGGUAAGGAAUCAAAAGCUCAUCUUGACCUUAGAUCUCGGUGUGUUAUAUAUUGAUAUCACAUGACUAUGAUUUUAGGCCUAAGGUGUUUUCAGAGAAUGUAGAUAUAUAAAAGUUUUUGUUCUACAAGUGAGAAGGAUGUAUAAAGGUGUCAUGCUUACUCUGGGUCACACAAGGUGACCAAAGCAUAACAAAAGCAACAACAACAAAAGCACUGCAAACAACUGCAACUCAUAAUUUAGAAUAUUGUUUUAUUUGUAAUUUGUCUUCCUGAUCCCAAUACUAUUGAGUUCAAAUAAUAAAACUUCUUGAAGCUUACUACCAUUUAAAUAGAAAUCUCUCUAAUGUUCUUGCAACUAAAACAUGAUACUUAAAUUAUGAAGAUUGUAUCAUUUCUUCCAAUACAUAUGCAUGUAUGACGUAAUAUAAAAUCAACAUAACUUCCCAUUUGGCUAUUUUAUCAGAUGAGUGCCACAUUCCUUGUGUGGUAUGAACUAGUCAGUAAUAAAAUACCAAGUCAUACCUUCUGUUGAUCACAUCACCUGGAUAAUAAUUUCCUUCCCUAGGUAUGCUGAAAAUAACAUGCGUAACUCAAGUGCUUAUCACCAGUACAAUUCACAUCUUCCAGGGUGGUUACACAAUCGACCAAGACAGUUUAUUACCCACUGCUGUCAACGCCUUACACAUGCACAAUCAAUAACAAAAGAAGACAUCUCUCAAGAAGGAGAUGGCCAGUUCCUUGUUAAAAACCAAAGUGACAAUAAAAUUUCAUACCAUGUGCAAUUUGGUGAUUGCAGCAACAUGCCUUCCUGCACUUGUCCUGACUGGCAAAGACAUCACUGGCCAUGCAAGCAUUUUGUGGCUAUCUACAAACAUUUUCCAGAAUGGGGAUGGGAAGCAAUGUCUCCUUACUACAGUUCAAGCCCCUAUUUCCAGAUUGAUCCGAAUGUAGUU